UUCGACGCAACUGAUAAAAUGAGCAACAUUAAUAUUAGCAAUGGCACGUGCUACUCAGCAGCAGGUCAGAAGUUAGACAGCAGCUUCAUCCCAUGUGGCAACACCGCCUUUGGUUAUCAGACAUGUUGUGGAGCAGGAGAUAACUGUUUGGCCGACUUGGCCUGCUUUGGCAUCCAUGGAACUGGCUACGGCAGCUAUCUGACAUACAUGGCCGGAUGUACGGACCCAAAUUACGAAGAUGCCAGCUGCCCGAAGAAAGACGUCGAUCAGCCAUGGGUCGCCCUCACAUUAUGCGACAACAGCGGCGGCGCGUGGGCCAUCUGCUCGCAGAUAGGCAAUCCUACAACGCUACAGCCGGGCUCGUACUGCAGCUGUACAAACUCGGCUUCGGCGACGAUCGCUUUCAAAGAUGCCACCGUUCUUGCCAACUAUGCGUCUUUGCCAAAGAGCACAGGCGAGACCAUCUCCUUUUUCGCGGGUCACAGUCCAACCGGUUCUCCAACAGCAGAAGGUUCGACGGCAGCAGGCUCAACCAGCGCUGGAUCCUCGGUCUCCACCACAACCGGCAGUACAAUAGGAACAAACUCUGCGGCGACAAGCACAUCGGGGUCAGACGGCUCAUCGCCUGGAUCGGAAAGCCCCCAUUCACCAACAACAACAACAGCAGAGAACUCCACAAGCGCAACUCUGUCCGGCGGGAGCGGUCCUGUGUCGUCUCUGUCAUCUCCUAGCGACGCAUCCAAGUCCACCAUCGGCACAGGGGCGAUCGUUGGGAUCGUGAUUGGCGCUGCCGUAGCAAUCCUGUUGACGUCCCUCGGCGUGUUCCUUCUCUUCCGCCGCAGGCGCCGGAGAUCCCAGUUCGAAGCCCACAAGACACCGCCAUCAGGCCUGCCUGCCGCUGCUUCUACCUCGCCGAUGAAGCCUGGUGGUCUGGGCGAAUAUGUUCGACCAAACAUGCCUCCAGUACCGGAAGUCGAUGGAGCGCCGGUGUCAGAGCUUGAAGGCCGGCCUGCGACACCGUGGGCGUUGCGAAGCGAGCUCGACGGCAGGGAACUUCCGAGCGAUAGAAGCUCUGCUCACGAAAAGCUCAGUAGUGAGAAUGGAGGGGCGACGCUUCACGAACUCCCAUGAUCUUCGAUGUAGUACCGAAAACAUGCAGGUCAGGCCAGAUCUGGGGAAAAUUCAGGAAGAAAAAAAAACCCUCGUCGUCGUUUCUGCAGAGCCGUUGAAGCUUCUGACUUUCUUUCAGUUUGAGACCUACCCAUUGUUCGUGACACGUCCUAUAGUAUUAUCUUUGUAUGACGGCGCAUAAGCAUUCUACUUGAUCUCCUAGGUUUUUUUACUUUUUUGUUCAGAUCGAUAAGCUGAUAUUUGCUCUUGAUAUAAUGGCGAAGACGUCGGCGGAGACGACGGUCCUAACUGUGUAAUGUAAUCAACCGUAAAGUAAUCUCUUUCACUCUCAAAUCCGUCAGCGAUGUAACGGGAUACGG